GCGGCGGCGGCGGCGGCGGCGGCGGCGAGAGCAGGCUCAGGGUCUCUCCGGCGGCCCGUGGAUCCUCCAACCCGCUUCCAUAAGGCUUUGACUUUCCAACUUCAGCUACAGUGUUAGCUAAGUUUGGAAAGAAGACAGAAAGAGACUCCGGUGGCAGCUUUGCUGUUAUUCUUUGUCCUAGUUGUCCUUUGGGGUCUUGGGCAGGCACAACGCUGUCGUGCUUUUAGCGGUGCUAUCUCCGGUUCCUUGCACUCCUGUGAACAAGCCCCUGGGCAAGAGCAGCUACAGCAACCAACAUCAGAACAAGCAAGGGGAGAGCGCCUGGUGUCAUGACCAAGGCAAGCGACCAGAGCCGCCAGGAAGGAUGCUGCGGAUCCUUGGCAAACUACCUGACCUCGGCAAAAUUCCUUCUCUAUCUUGGGCACUCUCUCUCCACUUGGGGGGAUCGGAUGUGGCACUUCGCAGUGUCUGUGUUUCUGGUGGAACUCUAUGGGAAUAGCCUCCUGUUGACGGCUGUCUAUGGGCUGGUGGUGGCAGGCUCUGUUCUGGUCCUGGGAGCCAUCAUUGGUGACUGGGUUGACAAGAACGCCAGACUGAAAGUGGCCCAGACUUCGCUGGUGGUACAGAAUGUCUCCGUCAUCCUCUGCGGAAUCAUCCUGAUGAUGGUUUUCUUACAUAAGAAUGAGCUUCUGACCAUGUAUCACGGAUGGGUCCUCACUGCCUGCUACAUCCUGAUUAUCACUAUUGCAAAUAUUGCCAAUCUGGCCAGUACUGCUACUGCAAUCACAAUCCAGAGGGACUGGAUCGUUGUUGUGGCGGGAGAAAACAGAAGCAGAUUGGCAGAUAUGAAUGCUACCAUCAGAAGGAUUGACCAGCUGACCAACAUCCUGGCCCCCAUGGCUGUUGGCCAGAUUAUGACAUUCGGCUCCCCGGUCAUCGGCUGUGGUUUCAUUUCGGGGUGGAAUUUGGUGUCCAUGUGUGUGGAGUACUUCUUGCUCUGGAAGGUUUACCAGAAAACCCCUGCACUGGCUGUGAAAGCCGCUCUCAAAGUUGAGGAGGCAGAACUGAAGCAGCUGAACUCACCCAAAGAUACUGAGCCAAAAUGUCUGGAGGGAACUCACCUAAUGGGUGAGAAAGACUCCAACAUCCGCGAACUUGAACCUGAGCAAGAGCCCACGUGCGCUUCCCAGAUCGCGGAGCCCUUCCGCACCUUUCGAGAUGGAUGGGUCUCCUACUACAACCAGCCGGUGUUUCUGGCUGGCAUGGGCCUGGCUUUCCUCUACAUGACAGUCCUGGGCUUUGAUUGCAUUACCACAGGGUACGCCUACACUCAGGGGCUGAGUGGCUCCAUCCUCAGUGUUCUGAUGGGAGCGUCAGCAAUAACUGGAAUAAUGGGAACUGUGGCUUUCACUUGGCUGCGCCGAAAAUGCGGUCUUGUUCGGACCGGUCUGUUCUCAGGACUGGCACAGCUCUCCUGUCUGAUCUUGUGUGUGAUCUCCGUGUUCAUGCCUGGCAGCCCCUUGGACCUCUCUGUUUCUCCCUUCGAAGAUAUCCGUUCUAGGUUUAUGCAGGUGGAACCAGUGCCCCCAACUACCAAAAUACCCGAGACCGUCUUUUCAACCGGAACGCCUAUGUCCAACGUGUCUAAUAUUGUUAAUACUGUCCAGGAGAUGAGUACUAAAUCCGAGCCCAUAAUCUCCGUCAGCCUGCUCUUCGCAGGCGUCAUUGCUGCUAGAAUCGGUCUUUGGUCCUUUGAUUUAACCGUAACACAAUUGCUUCAAGAGAACGUAAUUGAAUCUGAAAGAGGCAUUAUCAAUGGCGUGCAGAACUCCAUGAACUACCUUCUCGACCUUCUGCAUUUCAUCAUGGUCAUCUUGGCCCCAAAUCCUGAAGCUUUUGGCUUGCUCGUAUUGAUUUCAGUCUCCUUUGUGGCAAUGGGCCAUCUUAUGUAUUUCCGAUUUGCCCAGAAGACUCUGGGCAACCAGCUUUUUGUCUGUGGUCCCGAUGAAAAAGAAGUUACAGAUGAAAACCAACCUAACACAUCUGUUGUGUAAAAAUAGUGUCACUGCGGCCCCUGUUACUAGAUUGUGGAGAGCAUGUGUGCUUAUUCUGUACUGCAGAAUUCCAAUAAACGCCUGCAUAUUUUUUUGAUUUUACCACAGCUGUGCCUUGAGGGCUAAGAGUACUAACUAACCUAAGUCAGCAAAGGUGAACUGGUUGUUUCCCCUUACAUUUAGACAUGGAAAAAAAAAGGAAGAGAGAAAGAAAAGGUCGGUGUACAUAUGGAGAGUAUAUAAUGGUAAAACGAAGUUCCCUUAUUCUUAAGGGUAUAUGAAAUUUUACAGAGAGUGGCUAUCAGGUGAGCUAAAUUAUUCCUCAGCAGAUAUUUGCUGCAUCUACUAGAAUUCAGAUCAAUCAAUUCUCCCUAAGACUCACUUUUGUAAACAUAUGGCCCACUUCCCUUUUCUAGAUCUGUAAUAUCUCAGUUAUGUUAUAGAAUCAGGCUUUUCUCCGUGUCUGAAGAUUAUAGUCUAAUAACCAGUAUUAUCCUUCUUAAGCCCCUUCCACUUGAGAAAUUUAUUGUAUGUGGAGAAUGAAAUAGGUAACCAGAAUUGUCCGAAAAGGUUUAUAGUUUAACCUUUGCAUUUGGACUAUCAGACAGGGCACCAUGUUACAGUAACGUGUGUGUAGCUCUUUAUAAAAUGACUCUCUCAAGCUGCAGGCAUGCACAAGCAAAGCUGUAGAUUUCUAGUGCAGUGUGGAAGGACCUACAGGAUGUUAUUAGUGUGGCUGUAGAAGCUGAAGGUUAAGCACUACACCUAAGGGCGAGGCCCUCAUGUCACCAGAAUCACUGUCAACAGUGGUCACUAACGGUCUGGGUAUGUGAGGCAGCUGGCCCCAAGCCUGGCAAGUUACAUGCCGAAAAGCAGCCCACCCUUGGGAAUGACUGGGAAUCAUUUGAUGGGUUCGUAUAGAACUUUUCACUCUUACUGACUUGGGCCUAGGUAUUCAGUAUCUCUGCAUUAUUCUAGAGCAAAAAAAAAAAUAGUCACAAAAGUUUCCCUUUCAAUAUCUCUGAAAAGAAUAAAAGGAAGAACUGUUUUGUAUAUAUUUUUAAAACUGUUUUGCAAAUUAUUUUGUAACAUGCCAGUACCGACAUGGGACAUUGCCUUAACUUUUGAUGCACUUUCAUGGAGACUGCAAUACAUUGCUACGAGCACUUUCUUUGUCUCCGAGUUUAAUCUUUUCCUUCAUCUUUCUACAGUAUGACAUAAUGAUUUACUAUGUUGUAAAAUCUGCAUAAAUAUUUCUAUAUAAAAUGUUUUAAAAAUCUUAA